ACAGAACUGUAGGUGGCGUCUGUUGUUUCUACACGAGCGCGGACGUUAUUAAAACCAGUGACGUCACGAUAUCUCAACACAACAACAGGGCGCAUCGCGCGGAGGAAGCGGAGGAAGGAUAAGGGCAACCUGCGCGACACAGCAGACAGAAGGCGAAUUAGGACGCUAAUCAUGUUCAGUUUCUUUGGACUCCGUAAAGACUCAAAGAAGUCAACACCCGAGAAGGAAGUAGAUGGAGGCUUUGUUAUCAUUGGAGAGACGGUUGACGAUCAGAGGAGGAGGAUGCAGAACCUGAACGUCGCACAGCUGUCUACAAACGUCGUAGUGCAGCCAUCAAAGUCAUCCUGUACAGUUCCAGCUCAACCCACCUACACAAUGCACCCUACAGCUUUACCUACCGCAGCGCCAAUAGCAGGGACCUCAGCAGUGGAAGCUGCUUCGACUCUCCCGGAUCUCCUCGGGGACAUCCCUUUCACUUUGGCUCCUCAUGUCCUGGCCAUGCAGACAGGGUUUCCCCUGAUUCCUGAUGUGCUGCUCUCCCGGGACAUAAACUACAACCUGUCUAGCUUUCAGUAUGACUUCACUUUAGAGAACUCUGUGCUUCAUAAUGCCUAGUCUGCCUAGUCUGUUUAAAUUUUAAUAUCAGGACUGUCAUCAGGAGUUCACACUGUGGGAAACUUGGUUUAUUGUUGGUCAUGUGAGAGCUUCCAGCAAAUGCGAUUCUGUAGAAUUAUGAACAAGUAAAAGCUCCCACACAAUAAGUCGUAGUGUUAAAACUGUAAAGGGUUGAAUUUCUGUUAUUAGUUUCUUCUCUGUUUACUACUUUCAAUGUAGAUGCAUUGAAACUAAAUGAAUGUAGCCAAAGCAUUGCAACAGCAGUCAAGGAUAAAUAUAGCUAAAGGUCGAGUUUGGGUCUCAAAUUUGGCAGUACCAGUCAGGUGCUAAAGACCUGGAAAUGAGUCAGGUUCAGGUCUCAGUUUUAGGUGUACUGACUGCGUGUGCUUCUUGCCCCAUCAGACUGUAAAGGCCAAUUUAUACUUUUAUAAAGCCGACAGUGGAGGCAUACUAGGUCUGUUAGGACUUGACUUAGAAACCGGUGGGUUGCUGGAUCGAGUCCAGCACGACCAAUGCCGAAGAAUGCAGAGAACAAAUAUCCCCUUCCAAAAGAAUUUCCCCUCGGGGAUCAACAAAGUAUUUCUGAUUCUCAUUCCGAGCCAACCAAUCAGAGUCCUUGCGGUCUGCGUCAUCACAACGUGUAGUUACGUUUUGGGGGGAGAUGCUUGUUAGGCUGCAGCGUACCUGGUGUAGAUUCAGCACAGAAGUAUAAAUUGGCCUUAAAGCCUCUAUUUUGCCACAUCUCAGCAACUAGUCUUAUAUACAGUCAUUUAAUGACAGAUUCAAAUGGUAGCCAAAACUACAGAUAAAAGACCUGGGUUGUACUGAAUUAGAACAAUUCUUUAAGGGAAGGUUGAUAUUGUAACCUUCACUUUCAUUGCAUCGUCCUUAUCUGUUGUUUGUGACAGCGUGCCAUUUCAAAUGGUAUAAAAGAGACUUUUUUUCAGGUCAUUUGAGGGUGUGGCACCCACAUGAUGAAGCAAUAACUUCAAUCGAAGUCGUUAAUGCAGAAACGGCUGGCCAAGAAGUUGCCUACCACUACAUGGAGUUAAGCCCAAGUCUACAGUAGGAUCAUUGGAUGGAUAGUACUAAUUCAAAUGACUUUUGAGUCAUCUAUUUAUGUACAAAUUGCAACAUGUGGAGAUUGUUUAUUUUUACCGACUCCAGCACUUAAUGUAAUAAUUUAAUAUUAGGCAAUUUAUAUAUUUGACAUUAUAUGUAGCAAAAACACUUCCUGCCACAGUUAAUGCUUUGACUAUUUUACAGCUGUUAUUCCCUACCACUUGUCACCAUGUUUGACUUUUGCUCCCUGAAUGUAGCCUCCCUUUUGACCAGCAUUAUGUUUCUGCCAGCGUUAGUUACUGUGUUGUUUAUUCUGGCUGCAUUUUCCACUGACUUUGCUUUUCGUUGUUUAUGGCACACCUUUUUUUUGUUAUGAUGCAGUCAAAUGUACAUGCCAUUAAUUAUCACUUGGGUUGGUCUGCUGCGCUGACAUACUGUAAAUUACAUUACAUUUCUUCAUUUAGCUGACGCUUUUAUCCAAAGCGACUUACAAUUGCUGUACAUGUCAGAGGUCGCAUGCCUCUGGAGCAACUAGGGGUUAAGUGUCUUGCUCAGGGACACAUGGUGGAUGGGUCACAGUAGGAAGUUGAACCCGGGUCUCUCACCCCAAAGGCAUCUGUCUUAUCCAUUGCACAGUCACCACCCCAAAAAUUCCCAUUCAUGGACAGCAUAGACAAGGCGACUAGUACUAAGUAGUAUCUCUGCUGAAAUAUGGCAGAAUAUGCUGGUGAGGACGAGUUAGCCUCAAAAAUGCAGGACUACAGAAAGUGUAACAAGCCUGUCAAUAUUUAAAUGUGUAUUGAAACAAAAUACUUUUCUUAGCCAAAGUCUAAGCCCAGGAGUCUAUUUAUGUACCGAAACUUGUACUUUUAGAUAUUUGUGGCCAUAAAAUCUUUCGCAAACGUUUUACGGACAAAUACUUUUAUCUAACGGCAGAGCAGACAAACACGCAGGUAGUGGGUUAGCAAGCUGUUACUGCUGCUGCAAAGCUGACCAGUGGAGAUCAGCUGUCACAAACAGCAAAAAAUGACAACAAAUGGACAAGACAGUACUGGCCUAUUGUUUGUGUGAAACAGCAAAGCUAACGUCACUCACCUGUUGACAGAAGCAGAGCGUCGGCCUUCAAAUCUCGGAGGUUUCUCCAGCACUGAGACACCUCAACGAUGUUAACACGGGUCUUCGCCCUUGCCUGGUCAUAUGACUUGUUUCAAUGUGUACCUUCAGACCUUUUCCUCUUUGGCUGUUUCUUGGCCAUAUCACCUUCAGGACAGUGCCUAGAGUCCCAUAAUGAGUCCAGCAUGUUCAAAUGUACCAGUGUGUACAACUUUCUCGCUCCCAUUGCUCCCUGCAUGAGCACGCUGAUUGGCUGAAACAAUGUUGUGGGGAAGGCCCGCACCGUUUACAGAGCCAGGGCUGUUUAGGGAAUCUAGAGCACACACAAAACGGAGUGCUAGUGUACCGUGAGGAAACACAGAAUUUAACAAUAAGUAUCGUGAUUGAUUACUCUUCCCUUUAACAGCCAGGAGAGAGAGGGGUAUGACAUGCAACAUGUUUUUACACAGGUUUUGUUAGAGCCACGACCUCUAUUUGUUUAUGUUGAUUAUUAUUUGUACACUAUCAUUUAGUCGCUUCAACCUGCUGUGCCUUUAAUAUACCUCUUACUUUAAUAAACCUUUCAAACUGUAUUUUAGAAGCAAACCCUUCUAUCGGUUAACUCCCACUAAAAUCUUCCUCUUAAACCAUCUUAUUCCCUGAGUUAAGGUACAUAUAUACUGUAUGUUGAUGCUGGUAUGGUGUUCAGUUGGUUGAGACUGUGACUGCAACUCAUUUUCCAAAUAAAGUUGAAGAGCUUUUUCUAGGCUA